AUGGCCAAAGAGAGGAUGUCUUUGCAGAGGGCUAGUGCGGUUGACUUCAGAGUCUGUGGGUUUGCACCCCAGGUCGUGCCGGUUUUCCCAGGUUGCAGCUGUUCUUCCAUGGCGUCUCUCAGCAGUGACGUUCCCAUCCUCUCCUGCGGGGGUCUGGCUAAGCGCUGGCUGGUCCCAGGCUGGAGGAUGGGAUGGAUCCUCAUCCAUGACAGGAAUGAUGUAUUUGGAUCCAAGAUUCGACAGGGUCUGGUGAAACUCAGUCAGCGGAUUCUGGGGGCCUGCAGUAUAAUCCAGGGGGCCCUGGACAGCAUCCUCAACAACACACCUCCAAGCUUCUACAGCAAAACCAUAAGCUUUCUGAAGACCAACUCUGAGAUUUGUUUCAAUGAGCUGAGCACCGUGCCUGGCCUGAUCCCCGUCAUGCCUUCAGGAGCAAUGUACCUCAUGGUGGGGAUUGACAUGGAUCGGUUUCCAGACUUUAAGAACGAUGUGGACUUCACCGAGCGUCUGGUGACCGAGCAGUCGGUCUUCUGUCUGCCUGCUUCAGCCUUUGAGUACCCCAACUACUUCCGUAUUGUGGUGACGGUGCCGGAGGAGAUGAUAGUGGAGGCUUGCAGUCGGAUCAGGGAGUUCUGCCAGCGCCACAAUCGAGCCGGCAGCACUGAGAGCACCGAUCUGGACCAUUGAAGCUGCAGGGCUAAUGCCUGGAUGUUGUUGAGACCAAAUGAUGAAAUAUUUGUCUGUCUUCCCACAAACUGAGCUGGAAGCAGCUUUGAAAUCUCAUUCCACCGUGUAAUGAAGUAAAAGUACUUGUGAUGUCAAACCUGUGUUAACAAUUUCAUCACCGUGGCAGAAAAAGCUUAGAUGCAACAAAUCGGAUGGUCCCUUGAUGGUGUAAUUUUUUAUAUAAACCAUAUGAAAUAAGCUUAAUAUUUAUAUUUUAUACAUGCAACGCAUAUACCUUGUUCUUGUGUAUUUAUAUAAUUUGUGUAGUGCUUUGUGUGUAAUGUAACCUCCUGCAGUGCAUGCUGUCUUCUUUGUUCCCACAGUUAGGUGAAGAAAAUAUAUAUUUGACGAUCCAUUUUUUAUAGACGUUAUCUUUUGAUAAUGUUCUGUAUUCUUUGCUUGUGAUAGAAAACGACUUUCGGCAUGGACUCUAUCGUUAUUUGUUAUAUUUGUUUGUUUAUUUUACUUGAUAAAAACAUGUUGACAUGA